AUGGAUGGUGUAAGAGAAACACUUUGCGAAAUUCGUUCAGAACAUUGGAUUGCGAAGGGAAGACAAUUUGUCAAGAAGAUUAUUGCAAAAUGUACUACGUGCAAGAGAUACGAAGGGGGAACUUAUCAAAUACCACCUCAACCAUCAUUACCAGAUUUUCGAGUUUCUGACGAUUUUGCCUUCACGCGAGUCGGUGUGGACUUCGCAGGUCCCGUUUAUGCCAAACCAAUCUUCCCAAAAGGUACGAAAUCACCUGUUUUUUAAGACGUAUAUCUGUCUAUUUACGUGUGCCUCGUCACGAGCAUUACAUCUCGAAUUGGUUCCAGAUCUAUCUACAAAGGCAUUUAUUCGCUGUUUACAGAGAUUCAUGUCCAGAAGAGGUAUCCCAAAAAUGUUUAUUUCGGACAAUGGAAAAACCUUUAAGGCAAACGAGCUGGCAGAAUUCGCAACCAGAAAUAACAUCAGCUGGAAAUUCAACAUUGAGAGAGCCCCUUGGUGGGGAGGAUUUUUUGAAAGACUUGUGAAAUCGGUGAAAAGGUGCCUGAGAAAAAAUGUUCGAAGAGCUACAUUGACGUACGAGGAAUUGGAAACAGUCUUAGUGGAAAUAGAGGGCGUUAUCAACAGUCGUCCACUGACGUAUGUGUAUAGUGACGAAGUUGUGAAGGUCCGUUAACACCUUCGCAUUUAGUUAUGGGUCGUCGCCUUCUCAGUCAAGCACCUGUCGUGAGAGAUGAGACUGACACUCCUGCGGGUAAUGGAAGUCUGUCGCGUCGCGCAACUUAUUUGAAGAAAUUAUUAGAACAUUUCUGGAAAAGAUGGAGUCGCGAGUAUUUGUUAGAGCUUAGAGAACAUCAUCGUGUCAAAGGAGUCAGAAGAAGUGCGAAGGCGAAUCCCAAGGAAGGAGAUAUAGUUUGCGUGUACGAAGAGAAAACUCCAAGGAAUCUAUGGAGAUUGGGAAAGGUCGAAAAACUUUUCAAAGGAAACGAUGGUCAGGUUAGAGCAGUUGCACUCCGAAUAUGGAACAAAGGAAAAAAAACAACGUUGCAGCGACCUGUUCAGAAAGUAUAUCCAGUCGAGGGAUCUCGCACUGACGAAACUACAAGUGUUCCAGUAAGAAGGUCAGAACGAGUUGCAGCUAUCGAAGCCAGGAAGCAGCAGAGCAAACGUGGACGAUAA